AUGGAGAACAUAGGUGCUUUACCUGUAUGUAGUGUCAGAGAAGCUGAAAUCGGACCGAGGGAGUUGAAGAGUUUACGGUAUCUGAUAUGUGAUCACCCACUCCCUCCGAAUCGGUACAAUGAUAGGGUUGAAGAGCAUUUACGGUUUAUUGGUUUCUUGCAUGUUUCCCAAAUUAGAGUAGUUCAAUGUCAGAAAGCACUGGUAAAUGCACUAGUCGAAAGGUGGCACCCAAACACACAUACCUUUCACCUUCGUGUUGGUGAAUGUGCUGUGACACUGGAAGAUGUUGCUGUUAUCUUUGGUCUUCCAACAGACGUUCUUCCAGUCACAUGGAUGAUUAUGAGUAGUUUUGAAGCCUUAGAGGCAGAGUGUUUACAGCAAUUUGGGGUUGCACCGAAGAAGUCUGACUGUAGAGCAAGCUGCAUAAAACUGACCUGGCUUCGAGAUCUAAAAGAAAGAUUACAGUUGGUUGACGAAACCAGCAUGCAGAGUAUCGGACAGUACAGUUUGGGAUCUGCAUGCCUGGCACACCUGUACAGAUCAUUAUGCAGGGCAUCUCGUUUUGACUGCAAGAAAAUCGAUGGUCCGCUAGAACUUCUGCUAACCUAGGCUUGGAUCCGUCUCCCAUAUCUAGCGCCAUU